UCUGCCCCUCGCUGCGGCGUCACUUCCGGCCGGCGGCACAAUGGCGGCGCAGGGCCUGUCCAAGGCCGAGUACCUGCGGCGGUACCUGAGCGGGCCGCCCGCCGCCGAGGCCGCCCAGCCCCGCCGCCGGCGCAAGAAGAAGCCUCCGGGCGCUGCCGGGAGGACCGGGAUGCGGAUUGUGGAUGAUGAUGUCAGCUGGAGUAGCAUCGCUGCUGUCCAGGAGAAGGAGGAGGAGGAGGAUGAAGCAGACAUGCCUGUGGUGGCAGAGUUCAUUGAUGAGCGUCCUGACGAGGUGAAGCUGAUGGAGGAGUUCCGGACGAACGCUAAGUGGAAGCUUCUGGGAGACCAGAACGAGGACUCCCAGAGCUCAGAUGUUUCAGUGCCUGCCAAAGCCACCGUGAGGCGCCAGCGCCACGACUCCCCGGACCUGUCCCCCCCCAGGAGGCAGCGCCACGACUCCCCGGACCUGUCCCCCCCUAGGCAGGAUGGAAACCACUCUGCCAAGCCCCUGCCUGCCAGGCGCCAGCGCCACGACUCCCCGGACCUGUCCCCCCCCAGGAGGCAGCGCCACGACUCCCCGGACCUGUCCCCCCCUAGGCGCCAGCGCCACGACUCCCCGGACCUGUCCCCACCAAGAAGGCAGCGCCAUGACUCUCCAGACUUGUCACCUCCUAGGAGGAAGCGCCAGCGCCACGACUCUCCAGACUUGUCCCCCCCCAGGAGGAAGCGCCACGACUCCCCGGAUCUGUGCCCUCCCAGGCGCCAGCGCCACGAUUCCCCAGACCUGUCCCCCCCCAGAAGGAAGCACAAUGGCUCUCUGGACCUCUCUCCCCCGAGACGGAAGCGCCAGGACUCCCCUGACCUGUCCCCUCCUAGGAGGCAGCGCCACGACUCCCCUGACCUGUCCCCUCCCAGGCGAGGUGGAAGCAACUCUGCCAAGCCCCUGCCUGCCAGGCGCCAGCGCCAGGACUCCCCAGAGCUGUCCCCUCCUAGGAGGCAGCGCCAUGACUCUCCGGACCUGUCCCCUCCCAGGCGGGAUGGAAACCACUCUGCCAAGCCCCUGCCCUCCAGGCGCCAGCGCCACGACUCCCCGGAUCUGUCCCCCCCGAGACGGAAGCGCCAGGACUCCCCGGAGCUGUCCCCUCCUAGGAGGAAACGCCAUGACUCCCCAGAGCUGUCCCCACCAAGAAGGCAGCGCCAGGACUCCCCAGAGCUGUCCCCACCAAGAAGGCAGCGCCAUGACUCCCCUGACCUGUCCCCACCAAGAAGGCAGCGCCAUGACUCCCCUGACCUGUCCCCUCCUAGGAGGCAGCGCCAUGACUCCCCGCCCCGGCGCCAGCGCCACGACUCCCCGGAGGUCUCUCCCCCAAGGGUCAGCUCCGCAGGGGGGAGGAAGGGCGGCAGGAGCAGCGAGAAGCCGCAGCCUGGGGGCGGCCAGGGGGAGCAGCCCCGGCUCAGACGCGGUGCCUCGGCCAAGCCCUCCUCGCACCACAAGCGUGAGGCCACCCCGGACCUGUCCCCUCCCCGGAGGCCGAGGCGUGACCCUGACCCGGAGACGUCCCCACCCCGGAGGAGGAGGAGCAGGAGCAGGUCACCUGGGGUGAGACAGCAGAGCAGGACUAAAGGUGCUUCUCCAGCCACCAAGAAGCUGAGGCAUGACUCUGAGUCUCCACCCCCACGGAGGGGUGCACCCCGGGGGCUCAGCUCCCCCAAGCGUGGUGCACUCAAGAGGAGUCCCAGCAGGUCUCCAGACUCUGAUUUAUCUCCUCCACGACGGACCCUGCCUGCUGGGAAGGAGCAGCACAGGUCCAGGAGUCCCCAUGAGCCCUCUCCUCAUCAGCACCAUGACCCCAAGGCCUCUCCCAGGAAGCUCCAGGCUGGCCUGGUGACAGCUGAUGUGCUGAGGAGGGAGCAGCAGGAGCUCAGGAGGCAGGAGAGGAGUAACCAGCACCUGGAAGAGGAAUCCAGGCACUCCCAGACGGUGUUCCGGGACAAGUCCGGGCGCAGGAGGGACCUGGCGCAGGAGCAGCUGCAGCAGCGGCAGAGGGCGGCGGCGGAGGCGGAGCGGGACGCGCUCUAUGCCAAGUGGGGCAAAGGGUUGGCCCAGGACAGGCAGCAGCAGCAGAACGUGGAAGAUGCUAUCAAAGAGAUGCAGAAGCCCUUGGCCAGGUACAUCGAUGACCAGGACCUGGACCAGAUGCUGCGGGAGCAGGAGAGGGAAGGAGACCCCAUGGCUGACUUCAUCAAGAAGAGGAAGGCCAAGGAGAACAAGGAGAAGAAAGAGAAGCCAAGGUACAAGGGACCAGCACCACCCCUCAACAGGUUCAACAUCUGGCCUGGGCACCGCUGGGAUGGUGUGGACAGGUCCAACGGCUUCGAGCAGCAGCGCUUCGCCAGGAUGGCCAACAGGAAGGCAGUGCAGGAGCUGGCCUACAAGUGGAGUGUGGAGGACAUGUAGAGGAGCCAUGGGCUGCUGCUGGGGCAGGUACCCUGCUGCCAGAGCUGCCAGGAAGGGAUGGCUCUGCCUGGACCAAGCUCUACCCUUGGUGCUCAGCAUCCUUGUGGACCAUCUCCAAAGAGGCAAAGCUGAAUGGAGAGCAACCAGUGAGGAGCCAGAGGGGACAGUGGUGCUGCCUGGAGCAGGGCAGGGGCUGUGGUGUGAGGUGACCUCUGCUCUCUGUUCCCCUCUGAGGGGCUGCAGUUGCCUUUCUGGUUCCUUUCCUUGUGUUUGGCAAACUGCAGGAGCUCUCUCCUUGGCUGUUGUCCUCUGAGGGCACUUCAAGCCUUCAGCUGUCCUACAUCUCAGGUUUCUUCCUCGUGGUGAAAGUGCUGAGCUCCUGGUUCCUGGAGAAGUGAAGCACAUCCAGCCUGGUCCAGAGCUUCAGCUGUGCUUGAGCUGUUCCAGAGAGCAGCUGUGCCCCCAAACUGCUGUUUUUGUUGGGGGGUUUGGUGCUCCCCAGUUCAUCCUGUCACCAGCUUGCUGUGGAGUCAGUAAAGCUCAGCUGCUCCAGCUGGAAUGCUGCAUUUGACAGGAGAGGCUGGGGGCUUCCUGCCCUGGUUUUGUUCCCCCUGUUGCUCAGCUGGCAGUGCUGGGGCUGUUUGUACUCCUGUCAAUAACAGCUUGAGGGUUUUU